CUCCCGACUGGCCUCUGUUUGGCCUUCAAUGAAUAUAACUAGCCUUGUGACUGCCGUGGCUAGUAAUGUUCUGCGCUUAUCCAGAUUAGAUAAUAGUUACUACCCUCGGCAUCCUCCUGUUAUCGUGGUAUUGUAGUGGCUGUCUCUGUGGUUAUGUCUAGUAUAGCCAGCUAAACUGACCUGCUUUGUUGAUGUGAGUGCUUGUGAUGUGUAGCUCAGUAGCUAGACCAAUUGGCUAUACAGUUAGACCGGUUCUGUGCAUGUUACCUGGGUUAACCUCGGAUGAGUAAGGACUUGUUACAAAGCUGCAUACCAAGCUUCUUGACUUACAGCAUGGGAGUAAACAUCGGGGUGCAGUCAACCAAACGGGCCGACCCGAACGAAUUGAAGGUCAUCUUUCAAAAGCAUGCAAGCGUGUUGGACAAGGAUGGCGAGCGGUUUAUGACCCCGGUGGACUUUGUGCAGAAGUACCUCGGCCUUCACACACAGGUCCAUCACAACCCCAAAACUGUGCAGCUCAUCGCUGGUGUGGCCGACACUACCAAAGACGGGCUCAUUUCUUUUCCGGAGUUCUUGGCCUUUGAGUCAGUGCUAUGUGUGCCAGACGCUCUCUUCAUAGUGGCCUUCCAGCUCUUUGACAAGACUGGCACUGGAGAUAUCUCUUUUGACAAUGUGCGCGACAUCUUUAGCCAGACAACGGUGCACCAUCACAUCCCUUUCAACUGGGAGUGUGAGUUCGUCCACCUGCACUUCGGCCAUGACCGCAAGAAACGACUCAACUACCUGGAGUUCACCCAGUUCCUGCAGGAGCUGCAGCUGGAGCAUGCGCGGCAGGCGUUUGCACAGAAGGACAAGGCCAAGAGCGGCAUCAUCUCGGCCAUGGACUUCAGCGACAUCAUGGUCACCAUCAGGCACCACAUGCUCACACCCUUCGUGGAGGAGAACCUGGUCUCGGCUGCAGGGGGCGGUACCUCUCACAUGGUUAGCUUCUCUUACUUCAACGCCUUCAACUCCCUACUCAACAACAUGGAGCUCAUUCGCAAGAUCUACAGCACUGUGGCAGGCAAUCGCAAGGAUACGCUACUCACCAAAGAGGAGUUUGUUCAUGCUGCUAAUAAGUUUGGCCAGAUCACUCCCAUGGAGAUCGACAUCCUGUACCAGCUGUCUGGCCUUCACUCUCAAACUGGGCGACUGAACCUGGCAGACAUCGAGAGGAUAUCGCCACAGGAGGAGGGGGCGCUGCCUUACAAUCUGGCUGAGGUCCAGAGACAGCAGUCACAGGCGGGUGCCUCACGGCCAGUGUAUUUGCAGGCUGGGGAGUCAGCGUAUCGCUUCCUCCUGGGCUCCAUUGCUGGAGCCACGGGGGCGACGGCAGUGUACCCCAUUGACCUGGUGAAGACUCGCAUGCAGAACCAGCGCUCCACCGGCUCCUUCGUGGGCGAGCUCAUGUACAAGAACAGCUUCGACUGCGCCAAGAAGGUGCUCCGCUACGAGGGCUUCUUUGGCUUCUACAGAGGCCUUGUGCCCCAGCUCCUCGGUGUGGCUCCAGAGAAGGCCAUCAAACUGACGAUGAAUGACUUUGUGCGUGGCAAGUUCACCAAAAAAGACGGUUCCAUUGCCUUCCCUGCUGAGAUCCUAGCUGGUGGCUGUGCCGGUGGGUCUCAGGUGAUCUUCACCAACCCCCUGGAGAUUGUCAAGAUCCGCCUUCAGGUUGCCGGGGAGAUCACCACAGGGCCACGUGUGAGCGCGCUCAGUGUGGUCAAGGACCUUGGCUUCUUCGGCCUCUACAAGGGUGCAAAGGCUUGUUUCUUGAGAGACGUCCCCUUCUCGGCCAUCUACUUCCCAGCGUACGCCCACAUGAAGAAGCAGUUUGCUGACGAGAAUGGCCAUCUGGGAGCCCUCCAGCUCCUCACCGCUGGUGCCAUCGCUGGUAUCCCUGCGGCCUCGCUGGUCACACCCGCUGACGUCAUAAAGACGCGACUUCAGGUGGCUGCGCGUGCGGGUCAGACCUCGUACACCGGUGUGAUCGACUGCUUCCGCAAGAUCAUGCAGGAGGAGGGCUUCAAAGCACUGUGGAAGGGAGCUGGAGCUCGAGUGUGCCGCUCCUCCCCUCAGUUCGGUGUUACCCUGGUGACCUACGAGCUCCUCCAGCAGUGGUUCUACGUCGACUUUGGCGGACAACGUCCAGCCGGCACGGGGACCCCUCCCAAGUCUCGUAUCCCGGAGCUUCCGCCCGUGUCCUCAGAGCACGUCGGCGGGUACCGCCUCGCCGCCGCCACCUUCGCUGGCGUGGAGAACAAGUUCGGCCUUCACCUGCCCAAGUUCAAGUCCUCCGGGGUUGUCUCCCUAUACCACCCCGAGCCGCCGAAGAGCGAGAGCCCUCCCCCCGCCGAAGCCCCCUCUUCCUCUUAGAGACUAGCCGCCCACCCCCAUCCACCUCCCGACGGCGGAAAGCCUUCUCUUGACCAAUGGCUGCAUGCUCUCUGUCUCACAGCCCGGUGCCACUUCACUCCAUCACUUAUUGUUUCUCCAUCCACUUCCUCUGAGAUGAAUCAUGAUUUAUUCCAUUCUCAUCUCCUCCCUCCUCCCCCCUUUUGCCCCUGGAGUUACUCCACUGACGGGGUCCAACCUGGUGACUCCAGCGGUCACUCACAGACACAUCUGCCUCUCUGAAUGAGUUUGUCAUGAAUUAGUGUAAUCAUUGGUUUCUGAUUUGUGGCUACUGCAGCAGUAUUUGAGUGCACACAUUUUGGUUUUAUCUGGGUUUUUUUGUUUUUGUUUUUCAUUUUUCUUUUCUUUCUUGUUUUGCGUAGUUGCACACGGCACACUUUCAUUUCCUGUACAUAGUGUACAUCUGUACAGAGACACAGAGGAGGAGAAGAGAGAGAGAGGAGAGAGAGAGGAGAGGGAGAGAGAGGUGAAAAACAGGUGCGAGGGCUGAGGCAAGGAGGGAUGACCUCGGUGACCUUUAUUCCGAGAAGAGAGGUGUGUGUGUGCGUAUGCUUGUGUGUGUGUCUGUGUGUCUUUCUCUCUCUCUCCUCAUCCUCCCCACUCCUCCACAAGCACGUCUCUAAAGAAAGAUAAAAAAAAACAAAAAAAACAAGGCGAUCUCACAGAAUGAUGCACAGACGGUUUCCCAGGUGUGUUUCAUCGAUCAAUGAGUAACUGAAAAAAAAAAAAAAAAAACGACAAAAUAAAUGUAAUAAUGACUAGGACAUAUUAUAAAUGUAUUUCAUUCUUGUAUUUUAUUGAAAUAAAUCAUUGUGGUUGAAUUGA